AGAACCAUUAUUUAGGGUAUUCCUGCAGCUCUAAGAAAAACAAAACUGAAAGAAACUGCUGUGCGUCUUGUUCCUGGUGUGAGAAAUAACGAUUCCGCCAUUCUUGGAAAGAGACUGCGUGAACUCAUGGUGACAUUUUUCAUCUUGUGCCGGCGCAAAUAGUGACAUUUACCCUUAAAAAGGUUUUAAAGUCAACCGUGAAGAUGACUUCCCAUCGUUAUGGGAAAUAACUGGACUAAACAGCUCAUUAAGUGAGAGGCAAGACUCGAUGUUUGAUCGCUAUUUGGAGGAAAUGAAGCCAUUCGUUCUUCGGCUGCCUCACAAAUCAGGUAACCUAACACAAGUGCACGAUAUACAAUUCAGUUGCUAGGCUUUUAAGAAUAUUGUUACGUUGGCAGUUUGCUCUCUUUGUUUUAAGUGAUGUCGUUAUGUUUUGUUAAACAUCACAACAAGGUCUCUCCAGCCUUGUAAGAGAAGCCAUCGACAAAGAUCACAAGCAAAUGUUACAGGGUUUUAAAACAUUAUAAACAUUGGGCUUAAAGCUUAAGCUUUACUUUAAUCUCAUAACACCUGAUAACACCCAGGACAAAAGGCAUAAUUAAUAUAACCUUGUAUACGAUCCUAAACUGCGUUAAUCGUCAUAAUUUAAGUGAACUAGUUUUUUCGAACGUUUCAGUUCGACCAGGGUGUUUGGGUAAAUGGUGUAUGUUUUUUAACUACAUCAUUUAACUUGAAUUAAUUCUUUAAGGUGAAACACAGCUAAUUAUUUUGGACUUCACUGUUGUGUUUUUUCAGAGAAAUUUGGCAAACCUCACCUAUCAACAAUUUUUUCUUUUUAUUUCCAGCUGUUUUUUUUUGUUACACCAUUGUUACUUCCUUGCCAACCUUGACCUUAUAUUAAACUUUUGUGCUUUAAGAAUGAAAAUAUUGUUGUCUGUACCUUGUCCUGUGGUUCUCAGUUCCAAACGUGGUAGCAACUAUAGCGGAAAAAGGCAUCUGCUCUUGCAGGUGACUUGUCGAAACACCCUAAAAAACAGGGCAUUCACACUGUAACACAAUAGGCACCCUUGAGGAUCAACAUAGGUUAAGUACUUUUAGCCUUAUUUUAAUUUUGACACACUCCACUCUAUAGAUCUAUCCCAUUAUUAAUGUUUUCCCUAUAUAAAAGUCAUUGUGACAAAUAAAUUUUCGGAGAGAAUUUCUUCAACUACAAACAGUUCAGUGUGUGUUUACCCUGUGAACUGUUUAUAGCUGAUGUCAGCAAUUAUCCAGGCCUUAUUCCUAAUGAGUCGUCUAUUUAUAACUGUCAAUCUUCAUUUGAACCGAGAAAUUUGAUUGUUAGUUCAAUUCCUUUCUGGUUAAUAAAAGGCUUUCCAAAAAGAUAAGCGGAAUCAAGCUCAUUAUUAAUUCUAACUGUAAAUCUGACUUAGGCUUAAAUAAAAUUAUUGAUUUUAAGUUAUCGUCUGCUCUGGGCAGAUAAGAAGUUUGUCUUGACAGGGACUUGUAUGUGCACAAUCUGUAACCAUGUUAGUUUCUUGAAGCUCAGUACUACUUGUAAUCACACAUGAAGGAAAUAAUAAUAUGUUAUUGAAUUAUGAAAAAAGAAAAGAUUGGUUAAUCUUCAGUCCAAUCAACUUUCAAGCAUAUAGUAUCACAAUAACAGUGUAUGGGACGGUUUAACUGUUUAAUCAACUAAAGAAAUGAUGAGAUUUGUGUAGGAGACAUGCUAAUAUCAGCAGAAUCAUUGACGGAGAUCCUUCCUUUGUCCUAAAACAGAGAGUUUCUUAAAAUGUAUAAUAAAGCUUAAUAACAGUUGAAACAUUCAUUGUUACAGAGAGACAAAGAGUGGCAUUAUGGAUCAAAAAGCUUUGUGAACCUCCUGGACCAGGCACAAGCGGAAGGUAAGUAGACAGAAACACUUAAUAUGAAAACCUGGCUUUGAUUGUUAAUGUCUGCAUGCAACUGCCCUGGAAAGGGAUAACUUGCAGUCACACAGCAGACGUUAAACCCAAAAACUUGAAAAAGUUUACUCAAACCAAUUCUCCUUUCAAAUCAAUUUUCAGUAAAUUUUAACUUACCAGCUCAAACUCCUGCUAAAUUGAACUUUUUGUUGCCCUUGGGAAUUUCAGUUAAUAAGGUUCUACUCUAUCUAGAGCUAAAACAACUAUGUUAAUAUUCAGGCUAAUAUUGUGCAAAUUACUGCCCUCAUUGCCUUACUUGCUUAUUAUAGGCUCCCUACUAUGGGGGCCCUAAGGGCCAGAUAUUUAAACAGAGUUUAGCUGGUGUUUAACAAAACCGUGUUCCAAGCCAUUUUCAGUUUGCCAAAUUCCUUUAUUGUAACAUGUUUUGUGUUUAUGGCGUAGAAUAGAAAGCACUUGUCUUCUUAACACAACCCACUAAGGAAGAGAUCUGGAGAUCCAAAGAUUUCCUAAACCGCGGUCUAAGUUAGACUUCGUUUCAAUAACCAACCCAAAAUUUCUUAGAUUCAGACCUUUGGCUCACUUCAUUUUUUCCUAAAGCACAGCCUUGUAUACUGUAUAUGACCUAAAACAUGAGUGUUGACAUUUCUCGAUCUUUCUCACACAGAAAAAACCGUAACCUGUAUGCACAGUUGUUGCUUCAUAUGGUAAAGCGUGGCCUUUUAGAAGAUCCUUUUACCAGAAGACCAGAGGCAGGACCACUUCAGCCAUUGCCAUCUUAUAUGGUAUAAAAUAUACAACAUGUACAUCUGUACAUGUUCUAGUUAGAAAUGAAAUUUACGUUCAAAUGGUUUUUACCUACAGUCUCAGACAAAAAUAGUAGGGACACUUCCACCAAAUGCUGUUUUUUUAUUGUCCUCCCAAUGUUGUGUAUCGCAGUUAACUCACCAAAUCUUGCACACCAACAUUGGGAGGGUAAGAAGACAGUUUUAUGUCCCAGCAGUUUUGCCUGGGACUCUAGGUUGAUUCUCAAUAUUCUUUUGUCUCCUAUGCUGUAAACCUUAGGAGACAGACAGAGGUGAGAAUCAAAAGCUUGGUAAUCAAGGGCUGAAUGUGGGAUUACAUGUAGAUCAGGAGUCACUGAGAGCCUGACUCCACUCACCUCUUCAAUAAUUUAAACUAUAUUAAGGGUAACAAAGCAGUAAGUUGUGCUUCCAGUGGAGCCAAGUGCAUCUUUUUUUGCCAGACAGUUUUGAACAAAGGGUCAUCCACUCAUCUGAUUAUGUAAGAGUAAGUAAAUUGGUACAAAAUCUCGUUCUUUUUGUUGCAGUCCAUAUAUCUUGAUGAACCUGUAAGUAGAAAAAGUGCCACUGUGGAACUUGAAGAGGUAAUAUGUUAUUUUAUUUACAUUACUUUGUUCUGUUUCUUGUUGUCAGGACAUACAACAUACAACACAUGUAUAUGUUGUGGUUCAAAAUUUUCGUACUAGUUAAAAGUAAAUGGUUUUCAAACCAUGUUAAUUUGUAUUUUCUUCCUGUGAAAUCAGUUUCCCUAGAAUGGAAAAUGCCUUUGUUUUGAGCAAAGGAAAAUUUGAACCAUAAAAAAGUCUGGUACAUGUACAUUGAGUUGAGAACUGAUUAUCAAGGUUUAAUUUUUUUCCAUGGCAGUGGUAGUUUAUAGAAGGCAUGGAUACCUUCUUCACUCUUCAGUACUGAUUUUUGUGAAAAAAUUGCAUAAUUUCCAGGAGUUUGGUCAUCAACCCCCUGACUGGCUCAGAGAGAUUGCUAGUUCAUCAGGUAUAGAGUUUAUCUUUCCAUUAUUGUCUGUUUCAUUGAUGGUAGAGUAUGUAUAUUAAGAGCUUCUUUGCUCACAAUGAUAUGAGGUAGAACUGUGUUAUGGAAUCUAGUACUUCCCAGCAUUAAAGCUUUAACCUGGUUUGUCUUGUUUAUUUUAGGAAGUAUAUAUUCUGAUACAUCUGGCAGCAUUCCUCUUCAUCCAAGAAGGUGUGAUUUUAUUAACACAUGUAUAUACAAGGCAUACAAUUUGCCAGGUUCAUCCUUCUCCCUACGCAAAAAACCCUAAAUAUAACACUUAGCUUUAAAACCUAAAUUUUCAAGGCCAGUUGAGUGCAUUUAUUACUUUAUUUUUCCUGAAUCCCUGAGUUUCAUUAUUUUAUUCAACAAUAAAUAAAGAAUACCAUCCUGUAAGUUUUAAGAAGAGCGAUAUGUCAAUUUUUUGUAUUCCUGUUUCAGGGAGCUUCCAACCACAAAUGGCGUAAAUCCCAUUCCUCAACCACGGUCCACAACUUAUAGCACCUCAAGCAGAGAGGAGAAAAAUGGCUAUGAAGUGGCUCCAGGUUUGGAUCAGGUCCUCGAAGAAAAACAGUACAAGGGACGUCAUUCACUAGGUUAUCCAUCUGAAGAUAUUCUAGAGUCAAGAUAUGGUGGUCGGAUUUCUCCACCAUCUCGUCGGAGUCCUUCAGAGUACCAGCACACUGAUUCAGGAUAUCCCUCUACAUCUCCUGUAAGUAUGAAUGAGUAGGAGAGUAUAUGGGAGUGGAGCCGAUUUAAAUUUGUUCUGAAGUUACAUUCUUGGAAGUUCAAAAUAAACAGAUGCAUAACCUUUAACCUCUUUUAAAAAAGGUUUAUAGCCAAUAGUUUAUGGUUACAUGUACCUUUGUUUUGGUACUUUUUCUUUUGAUAACCACAUUAAUUUUUUGUUGUUUUUCUAUUUUCAUCUAGCCAUCAAAAACAAACCACUACAAUGGCUUCACAAAAGGUGGGUUCUUUUUUCAGUAUUAAAAACAGGUCUGUUGUAAAACCAUGUCUAAUACAUGUAACAUGACUAAUACUUACCUCUCCCUUUAUUGCUACACUGUAGGUAGUUUUCUUGAUUCACAUCUUUCGCUGUACCAUUCAGAACAUGUCCUUCCAUUGUUGCACUAGAUAAAGUUAGGGACCCUGUCCCAGUGGCAUAAGUAGCUUAAUAAUUAAUGGGAUUUUUGCACCCUGUGUUUUCAGGCUCUUUUUCUCUUUUUUUAAAUUGUUCUCUUUUGUUGUCUUCUAAAGGUCUAUCAUCUAUCAAUGGAACUUUCAGAGAUGACCAUAGUUUUAGUCGAUCGAGUGACAGAGAGGUACAUGUAACAACCACAGUUCUAAAUACAAUAAUGAACAAGCUAUAACAAGCACCUUUACAUUUUCAACAUAAUAAAUUAACAAUUGACUUCAACAUUAUGACUGAAGCAAUUUAAUAUUUUUAUAAUAGUCCAUCAACUUGGUUUCUAAUUUAGAAAUGAAACAAAACAAAAAUUAGUGUCUUUUCUCUUCUUAUGUUGCUCAUGACAGAAAUUAAAGUAGGCACAGUUUGAGUUUAAAUAAUAUUAGAUGCUUCACAUAACCUUCUAGUGAGACCAAUAUUUAUUAAACCUUCGAAAUAUUGUCCUCUCAAGAUCAAGUAGUUAAAACCUUUUUGAAACUGUUGCAUGGCAUGCUCCCCUCUCUGAGUUUUUGUUUUGAGUUUUUUCAGUUUAAGUUGUUUAGCUGUCCCUGUCCUUUAAAUUAAUGUAGUAUUCAUUCUCGUAUUUAUUUAUUCAGUGUACUUCUUUUUUAACUGCUGUUUCUUCAGAUUGAGCUAAGAACGAAAAUGGUUGAGGCAAAGUACCAUGAAGAUAAGCUUAAGCUUCAACAACAACAUGAUGUUGCUGUCCAAAAGGUAAUUUAAGUAGCAAAAAGUUGAUAAUAGGUCAAGACUAAAAAUGUUGGUGUAAGUCCGUAAAAUUGAGACCUCUUAAGAACUGUACCUUUAUACUUUGUCCAGUUAUUUUGCGGGGGUCAGAAUUGCUGUAAGGUGUCCGUGAGUCAUCAUUUUGAGAAAAUAAUUCUUUCUAACUCUUAGAUAUCAUGGAUAUGUUUUUUUUUUUUUGUAGAUUUUAGACAGAAAGAACAUGGAAUUAGAGGAAGUGAAAUCGCACUACAGAAACAAGAUAACUGAAAUGGAAGCAGCUGCUAAGAAACAGGAAAGAAAAGGUAACAAUAAUUUAAGAAAAACGUUUUACCCACUUCCCUUCUCUCCAAGAUCCAAAAGAUAUGAGAAGCACCUCAUUUAGUAGCACAAGUCUGUCUUGGCAACUCUUUGGCCAACAGUGGUUAAACUGUAAGUUGGAGGAAAAGUAGACAGCAAAAAGACAUUCACUAGGAAUGUUUUGCACAAGUAACAACCUAAUUCUCUAUGUUACAUAGUCUCUUGAUGAAAUUCAGUGAAAUAAGAAUUAUUGCUUUGUCAGGAUGUUAGGACUUUGAUCAUAUACCCACUAAAUAAGGGAGGGCUAAGCUUGUUUAAAAUGAGAGAGAGAGAGAGAGAGGUGCAAAAUGUGCUACAAACUGGAGUGCAAUUUUUCCUCCUUCUCUAUGGAGGCUUUCAUACCAUUGAUAAUAGAUUAUUGAGGACACAAAAUGUUGUGCUUGUUGAUAGCUGUUGACAGAUCCUCUAUUUUCUCUAUACAGUUGAGAGCACUUAUGAAAAUGAAAACCGUGGGGGAUAUAUUCACUGCUAGUUUCGUGGGGGGGAGGGGGGGUGUAAAUAUUGCACUCACUCUCCAAAUUUCUUUGCGGGGGUGGGGAAAGGAAAAAACGUAUGUGCACAGACUGGUAUGCUGAGAGCUGAAAGAAAUUUUUCAAAUCUCUUUGCAAGUACAGUUGUUCAUCACUAGUAUCUGUUUCUUGUGUUCCCAUUUCAAAGCCAUCACUUUCUUUAAUUUAUCAUCAAGAGGGCCUUAUUCAUUCUAGGUGAAUGAACACAUUACAAAUGAACAGUGAUUCUUGUAUUCAGUUUCUCAGCUCGUCAGAGAAGCACAGACAAUGAAGGAGCAGAGAGAUCAACAAAUAGCUGAACUGAAGACUCUGGCCGAGCAGAGUGGUGAAACAGCACAGCAUGGCUUUGAAAAAAAGGUCAGUACUUACCUCUUUAUGCCUACUUAUUAUCUUAGUUAGAUGUUUUGGUGAGAACAAGGAGAACUGUGCACACAACUUAGUAUUGAGAAAAUCUCAUUCUCGCGGUUGUCCUCGUCUUAAAAUCUAACAAGAUAUCUCUAUUAACUGCCCACACCCAUUUCAAAGGGAAUGACAAGGAAAUUGUUUUCUUGUGGCCUUAAUUCAGUUGAAUGACAAGAUAGCAGAGUUUGAGCAAGAGAAGUUUGAGAUGCAAAAGCAACACACGCAGAAUAUCCAGGAAUUACUGGACGAAACAAAUCAGAGACUGCAAAAAAUGGAGACUGAAUACAAUCAGCAAAAUGCAGCCACAGUAAGUGAAACAUGUAAAUGUACUAAGCAUAUUUGCAAAAUAAAUAUAAAAACCCAUUGGAGCCAGGAAGACAAGGUUUGGGGAGGCAGCAUGACCGAGUGGUUAGAGCGCUGGUGUUGCAAUCCAGAGGCCCCAAUCCCGCCCCGACCGCUAACAGGAUUAAUUCAUAGUAGUCGCGAGUUUAAAUCCUUGGCCAUGCUUGCCUAUAGCCAACUGGUUUGCCUCCAGGUAAUCGGGAUUUGUUUCUUGGAAUGUUUAUUUAAAUUUGUUGUUCCUGACUUUUGUAGAGGUACCAGGUGUUAGAAGAUUAGGUGACAGUACUUUCUCAAGGAAUCCAGUUCUUCUAGAUGAAAUUUUUGAUAAACGCUAGAAGGUAGUAUUUGACACUCAUUGUGAUUGCUGUUCUUUAGAGACUUGUAAUUCAGGAGUUGGAAACAAGAGUUCAACAACUUACUCAAGAAUCAGAAGGACUUCAAAGCUCACGAUCUAAGCUUGGAAAGGACAAGGUAAUAAAAUUUAUUACUGUGGCACUUGUUGUUGUCACUUGUGGGUCCUCAGUAUUUACUGGGACCUCUGUUGCGGUUAUCCUGUCUCGUGAAACCUAUUUUAGGUGCAUUCUAAUGUUAAUUAAUUCAUUUAAAUUUAUACUGGAGGCCUGUGACAUCGUGGCCGUUGGGAUGCAUUUUCGUCUUACAACGGUGAUCUCCCGUCUUCCUAAAUAGCCAACCCAAACUGAAUUUCUAGCUUUUCAAUCAAGCUGGUUAGUCUACACCAAUUAGAAGCAGAGAACGUAGCAAAAUUCAUUAGCAAGUGACAAUACUUUUUGCAUCAAGUGAGGGUCACAUGCAAAAGCCGACGCAAAUUUACAUAGAUAGAUAUAGAGAGAUGGUGACUUUCGUUAACAAGGGUAGCACAUGACAGUUUUAACAACUGAUGACCCAGUGGCCCUCGAAAAAAAGAUUACGUGAAAGAAAAAGAAAAAUAUAUAUAAAUAAAAAUUUAAAAUAGGUACACUUAUUCUGGCUAUUAUAAACUCAAGUCAUAAAUUUAAAUGUAUUAAAACUGAUAUAGAGACAGACUGAAAUAUACACAAGGUCGUGAAAGUUAAGAUAAAAUUCAGCAGGAGAAACUCUUCGAGAAGGGGAAAGGUCCUGAAGCCUUAACCUGACUCAGUGAAAGACAGUUUUAACCUAAUGUUUCACUUUGCUGCUUUCCUUUUUUAGGAAGAACUUGAACAACAGGCAUCCUCCCUGUCCAGUGAAUUACAAGAAGCCAAGACAGCGUAAUAUACGGUUUUUUGUUUUCUGUAUCUAUCAAAAUAGUUAGCACAUUAUUUCCUAGUUUCUGUUGAAUGUUCUUGGAGUCCUAGUCUGCAUACAUUUCUUGCCAAAAAUGAUAUCAAUCAUGGUAUUCUACAAGAGGGUCCGUGGUCGGUUUUUGGGGAUCCGGAAUUUCCCUUAUUUGAAGGCCGGGAUUCGGAAUUGAAAGUAUGCACGGGAUGCUGGAUGCCCAAAAUAACAUUAAGGGGUUGAGCGAAAAUUUGGGUCGGAAUAAUAACGGUAAUGAAAAACCCAGUAGCAGACGUAAACAUAGGGCACAUUGACACUCAAAAUUGGCUAUGAGUUUUUAACUUCUGACUACAGUAUGGUGACAAUCCAACCUUCUGCUUUGUUCUCAUCGCUGCAUGGAUACCAGAACAGCUACUGGCAGGUUAGAAGUAGUUUAUCUAUUACCAAAUACGAUUAAAAGAGUUCUGUAUAUUCGCUUUUUAGCCUGGCAAAAAUGGAACGAGACCAUUCUUCCGCGAUCAAUGAACACAAAGCGGUAAUCAAACAGUUAAACAAGAAGACGGAUGCUAGCAUGGAAGGAAUGAAACAACAGCAUGCAGGAGCCAUUGCUAAGGUAUCUUCCCGUUUUAUAUUAGUGAACUUACGCAACAGGACGGGAACAGAAAGAGAACGGCAAACAUUUUGUGGCAAGCUAGGGUUCUAUCCUGGAUUUAUCGUUUAGGGGAGAAGUCCCGGCAAUAAUUAUGUUUUUGGAAAAAUUUUGCAAAUUUUGAGACAUUUUCCCAGAUACCUUACUUCAUGUCACCUCGAUGAAAAAGUUUCUUACAUACUGUAAUGAUAUGGGGGAAAGGUGGGCAUUUUGAAGAAUGAAAAUAAGAAAACCCUAACAAACUUGGUUUUGAAUUUCAAAACCACCACCUUUCACAAUGAGAAAAGGGAGUGAGAGGGGUGAUUGAAAGAAGAAACUCUAACAAGCUUGGUGAAUAAAAACCACCAGCUAACCUAUAUGAAAGGCAAGUUUCAAUUACGAUGAGCCACCUCAUGCCCUGGCAGCCUCAUUCUUUGCUGACUUUUGGAAUGUGUAGUAUCUCCCUUUAUCUUGAAUUUUUCUGCAUCGUAAGUUUUUUGAUUUUGCACAAGAGGUAAAUCACAAUGUUGCUCUUCUCUUUCUGAAAUUAAAUCUCGUGAGUGAUUUUAUGAUCUGUGUACAUUUAGGCGACAGACACGAUAGCGGAAUUGGAGUCACAGGUUACCCAGCUGAAACAGGCACUCCAAGAUACUGAGUUUCAACGCCAGAGACAGCUUAGGGUAAGGAUUUAAUUGAAGUUACCGCUGUCCCAGCAGCAGCUUUUUUAGUUAUCUUUAAUUAUCUCUAAACAUGCGCCACUUUGAAAACGAUGUUAACUGGGCCGAUUUUUGUUGCUGUCCCUGUUACUAGGGACAACAGCUUCCUAGUUUCCCACAAAGUUACGCAUUUCGUUUCAAUUAUCGUCCUCAAAAAGAUGGAUCCUACCAUUCCGGGAUUUUUUCGAGGAAACGUAAUUUUUGUGUUGAAUAACAAGUUUUUGAUAGUAGUUUUGAUGCUUUUCCAUUAACAGGAACUAGAAGCCGCGCACAAACAAGAGAAAUUAAACUUAGAGCAUCUUCACGAGAAAAAGGUGAGCGACCUUAGUUACAAUGCUGAACAUAUGAGCUAAGAAAAAAAGUGAAGUUCCUGUUCAGUAAGAAUAAACUACAAAUGGAGAGAGUUUCGUGGAAGGCUAGAUAUUUCUCUGUUCCUUUUUCAGAUUCGGGGGAUUCAGGCAGAGCUAAAUCAGGGUGAAGAAGAGUCCGAGAAGCGUAUUAGAAAGUUGGAGGCCGCCCUGAAGUAAGCUCGCCAUGUGAAUGCAAAUGAUCUUCGUUAUUGUUGUUGUUUUGCUUUGAGGAAUUUGGGAUUCCUUAAUUAUUACUUACAUUUUGGCACCUCUCUAUUUUAAGGAGCGUGAAACCUGCGUAAAGUAGCCUUCGUUCUUACCAUACUCCACACAAAUCGUAUUGCGAUAAUGAGAACCCUGAAAUAGUUUAAGAGCGGCGAGGAAGGUAUGAAAUAGGGUGUGACUUUGAUGCCCUGAGAUACAUCUUGUGCAUAAAGGCCGAUACACACGAGGGAUUUUGCUCCCGGAGCAUGCUCCAGGGGCAAGCUCCGGGAGCAAAGCUCUUGUGUGUGUACCAACGAUUUCAUGGGUAUACUUCAUCCUCGGGAGCAGAAUUUCCACCCUGCAAAAUGCUCCACGAUAUUCAAGAGGUUAAAUAUUUGAGAGCAAGCUCCCGCGGGUUCACAUGGUGCUAAAUAAUCAUUCUUUUCUAAAGGGAACGUGACGAUCAAGUACAAAAACUUUCUGAAGUUCAAAAACAGCAAGCUCAGCAGGCUGAACUAGCGCUGGAGGAUUUUAAAAGUCAAGUAGAGAGAAAUUCAGGAAGAAUGUUUGACGAGAUGAAAGCACAGGUAAAGAUUAUUCCGCUGUCACUCACGCGUUUAGCGGUCAGUCAAUCUGCCAGACAAUCACUAUCGAUAUGCUGUCACCAUUCAACACUAGGCACUGACUGUGUCUCGUCCUCAGAAAUUCGCGCAUGCUUAUCUGGGGAUAGUUGGUUUAUUAUUGAGGUAAGCGCGGUGGGUGGGGGUGGGGGGGGUCUCCUGCCGAUUAUCACUGGCUCGCGCCCAGCGCUCGUAUUUAUGCUCCCCACGUAGAGACCCUUGGAAAAAGGGAAACUGGAAACUCUGAUUUGAAAGAUCGAAUCAUUCACGCCAUUGCGUUCGGGAAGCAUCAGAAUAUAUUGGCUAUCGUUUGAGGCACUUUCAGUUUUAGUCUCUGUAGCUGAUUUGGCUAAACUUUGUAGCGUGUCUUCGUUUCUCAAAGAGUAAUUUAAUCGUUGAAUGUUUGAGCAAAUGGUAAGCAUCAAGUGACUGUCUCCUGGCAGUCAGUCAAACAGUUGGUCAAUUAUUUACCCGUUCAGUCGCCCAUUCAUUCCUUCAAUGUUUGCUAGCCAGCUGGUUGAUAAGCAGUUUCUCUAUUGUCAGUGAGUCAAAAAGUCAUUCGGGCAUUUACUAUUCAGUCAGUCAACCACCCGUUCAUUUCCAUGAACUAUUAGGCUGAUUUAGCAACAGGACGAAAACGUCAGUUGAUGACGGGAAAGCCCGCGGAAAGGACUAAACACGACUUCCGGUGCCCAAUUUGCCGCUCUGCCAUUGGUCAAGGUCAAGCCAGUUGUUUGAUCUGCGCGCGCCGUCGUCAACUGACGUUCCCGUUCUGUUGCUAAAUCAGCCUAUUAUUAUUCUGCAGAUGGAGAAAGUUGAAGAAGACCUGGCUCGUUCCAAGAAUCUUCGGGAAAAGCAGGCAAAGGAAUUUAGCCGCCAACUAGAUGACCUCAAAAUCAAGCAUGAAAAAGAGGUACACCUUUUUGUAUGUCAAUUUUGUCCUUAAGUUGUGAAAAACAUUCAUCGUGUGUCCUUACCGUGAACUCUGAAGGAAAAGCACGUAAUGAUUAUUAGAAUUGCAGUAGUCCUCAACCGUGGAGUAAACAAAAGGUAACAAUUAUUUUAAUUCACUCAUACAGGACCAUAGAUACGUACAAUCUUGGACAAAGCUCUUGCUAAAAUUGCAUACUUGGAGAGCAUUUUUCUAAACAUCGUAGCCGCGGCGAUUCUUCGCUCCCCCUGCCCCCUCAUUCCUGGGCGUUCGAAGUAAGCAACGUUGAACUGGGGAAGGGGGUUUUCUUUAUGCAAAGCAGUUGAUUUGGAAAUGGUUUUGUUGUAUAAGGUAGUGCGUUCUAUGUUCUCAAGUAGUUUUGUCCAGGAUUGUAGCAAAAUUUGUGUUGAUCUCUAGCUGAUUGUGUGCUCGUGACGGAAACACUUAACUCGUCUGUUCUGAACCGAGUUUAUCUACUGCCAUACUUGCUAGCUUGCUUACUUACUAACAUCCUUCCUUUUUCUCUCAGAUUGCAGAAAUAAGUAUUAGACACGAGCAGGAGAAAGCACAGACCCUCAGGGCUCAUCAGAUAGAAAGAGAUUCGUUGUUAAAGGAACACGAACAAGGAAAGGUAGAAUAAAAGAACAUCAGCAACUAAUACUCCAUGGGUUUAGCAGAAAGAUACUCAUUUCACCGACGUCAGAUAAGACCCCGUAUUUGUUGAAACAACUACAUCAGGCUUAUACUCUGUUUCAAAACCGGCUGAAACAGAGUGUAAGCCCAGUAGAAUGUUUUUCACAGUAGUUCAUUUUGACGCAGAUUUUUAAUUUUCAUCAGAAUUUUUCCCUCGAACUAGCAGGCGCCGGUUUUUUAAGGACGAAGGGAAAGUAUGGCCUCAGUUGGAUAGCGCCAUCACCGGAUAGAUCAGUAUUAGCAAAACCAAUUGCGUUAUCCAGCAGAUAGAGAUUUAUCCGGUGGAUAGAUUUAUCCAACGCACCGUUUAAGCAUCUUGGGCCUGAGAAACAGGUGGUUUAUUUUCGUUGCCUUUCAGUGACUUCUCUUUCUAAGGGAAGAUACCGAGAAGGCUCAUUGCUUUUUUGUUUUAUCCUUUCUUUUAGGAAAUGCAACUGGAAAAGCUUCGCCAGAAAAUGUUAGAACACGAAAAUCAAGCCCGAAACAGGACAACAAAAGAUGCCAAGGUAUUUAACGAGUUUAUAAGUACUGAGCUUUUAAUCUCGCGGUUUCAUCGCUCAUUUAGCUCAUUUGCGCGCUCACCAAACAAAACCACCAUCUACACAGGCUAAGAUUUUAAAAUUUCUAUUUUGUCUCAUUUUACCAGGAUGCAGGCGGACUUAAAAUUGCGGUGUUACGUGUAUACAGUACAAUUCUGAUAUUUCUAAUCUCCUCGGGAGAAGGAAAUUGGUUCGAAUUGUUGGAAGGGGGAUGUAAAAAUACUGUGGUUGACUGGGGGAGGGACGUCAGGUUUGGUUCAAAUUAUCAGGAGGUUCAAGAAAUCAAAAUUCUACCUGAUGUUUUUGGCGCGAUUUCUUGGAUGUGUGUGGUUUGCUGUUCGACCUGGGUCUUUACUGAUUGAAUGCUUUCAAUUCUUGGCAGACUAUUGCCGAGUUAGAGCAGCAAGUGAGAGAGUUACGAGAAGAGGUGAGUCUUUCUCGCGAGUACGCCAAAAUCGAGCAAGUGAAAGAAAGGCUCUGCUGGCAGAGUGCCAUUCCCUUAAUCUUUUUGUCACAUUUACAUUAGAGAGCUUUAGAUUUUAAAAGACGAGAACUACUACGAGUGCGAGAUUUUCUCAAUAAUAAGUAGUGCUCGAGCGUGAGCCAGCGUCAUUUUGGCGGGAAAACGUGGUAGCCGUCGUCAUUCUACUACGAGUUUUAGCGAGAGUGUCGUAGUGGCGGGAACAAGUUAUCAAAUGUUAGAAGUUUUAGCAUUUUGCAAUCUGGAGAGGGCUCAACCUCCUUCAAUAACGAUAACAGUGCUAACUUUUCUGGUGAAAAAAAGUGCAAUGAAGAAUUCCGGGAAAAUCUAUUUUUUGACAAUACGCGAAAAAACUUUCAAAUCAAAUCUCGUACUCGUAGUCGUUCACGUCCUCGAAUCUAACGGUUUCUAUUCCUAGGUCCCCGCAACGGCCACUUUCCUCUCUCUGUCCUCACGGUGGGUGGGUAAGGGAGGUUGAAUCACGUGGAGAGGUUAAGCAUCACGUUUACGUCAAACGGCAAACGUGAAUUUGCACCACGUGACCAAGUUUCUCCAUUACUUGUCGUUCACGGUUCAUUAUUUCUACACAUGAUUUAGUGGUUUCACGCAAUUUUUUAUCCAUGAGAAUUAUUUUGAGCUGUUUUUAUCCGCUUAUUUUCUAUUUUGAGAAAUUCUUACCUUGAAUCUGACGUUUGUUGUAUACGUGAAACUUAAACACUCUUGCAUUUCAAAUACAGUGGAACCCCGAACGAUUUUCUUUACCCCUGUAAUUGUAGAAUAUAUGGAAAGGAACUUCGUUAUAGCGAACAAUUUUGGCCAUUCCCUUGGCCUUUCGUUGUAUCAAGGUUUCCACCGUAUCCUUUAACGGUUACUGACCAUAUUUGGUGGCAGAUUAUUCAAGCGAAUUCCACCCACAAGACUCAGUUGAUGGAACUAAGCCUGAUGAGAGAAGAGGAGAAACAAAACUACAAGAGACAGGAAGAAAACAUGGUGAGCUGUGCAUUUUUAUUUGGCCUCAUUCAAGUUCUCCACCAGCCUAUCAAGCGGUUUUUCUUCUAAAUAGCAUUCUAGGUAUACCGUAAAUCCUCUAUUUAAACCCCCUCUCUCCAAUAAGCCCCCCCCCCUUUAAGAAAAAUAAAGUUACAAUUCCGAUCUGGCCUUUUCUUUUUUUUUCUUUCAUAACAAAAUAGUGUACUGUAAUUGACAUUUCCCAGUAUCCCCCGCUGGGUGUUCGAUGUGAAUAAGACUUUUUGAUGAUUACCAACUCUCUUUUUUUGAACAGCAAGUAAAAUUCAAGAGCCAAAUUGAACAGCAAAAAUUACAGUUGCAACGUGAACACAGCACGGAGAUGGAACAGAUUUUAGAAAAGGUAAGGCGGAAAAUAAUAUUGAUUUUCUAGACGUACUUAGUAAGCCUUGGUAUUCUCUAGAACCGCCUGAAGAGUGGUAACAAAGGGUUGCUUUGUAGUUCAAAUUUUUUCAAUUGCGAUAAUGAUAAAUCCUCCUUAGCACGAUAUGAUAAAUGGAAUUUUUCCUUCUUUUAAGACAAACAACAGAAUGAAACAGAUGGAAGAAGAAUACGUUAGCAGAUCCAGCAAAGGACAAAAGGUCAGAGCAUUUACCUUUAGUCACCAUAUCAAAGUAGACAAGUAGAGACCUCGCUUAACUUUUGUUUUUACUUUUUUACUGGCGACGAUUCAACCUCCGAGCUGCGAGCUCUGCCCUUUUUUUAGCACAGCUUACCCACAUACCAUUCUUCUCAGCAAAGCGAGGGUGCUCUAUUGAAGGUUUGAAAAUUCCUGUUAACAGAGAAAGGUUGGUGGGCUGUGAGUAUGAACAUGAUUGCAAAAUUUAUCAUUGACCUGAGCAGUGGUUUUAUGUCCGAUCAAGACAUAUUUUGGGAUGUUUAGGCGAGCAAUACUUUUAAAUUUACAGCCCUAGAUUGCAUAAUUUAUUCUUCUGUGUAAAUCACUUCAACUGAAAAUACGGAAAUUGUAGUCGCUUGUGUGCUAUUUCAAAUGGCUGAGAGCAUGUGCUAGUAAUGGACAGUAGGCACAUGUGAACCUCAGCGCAAACAUCAGUUCCUCUUGAGUUUUUCAUCAGACACGUUUAUUUCUUUUAUUUAUCACGUAGACUCAGGGGAAUUCGAAUUCAAUUUAUCAAGUUUACAGAAAUUAUGUGUUGUUUCAAAAGAUAUGUUUGUGCCUCUUUUUUUUAUCACAGGUUAUAGAAACCCUAGAAGACGAAAUAAAGAAAUUAAGAGAAGAAAUUGCUCGGUAAGAUACGUGGGCUCUCAAGUUUUUCAACGUGAUCUGAAGUGAAUCGUUGUUUAAGCUUAUUUAGGUUUAGUAAAAGGACCGUAGGUUAUCACGCAGUCAGAGCUGUCUUAGCGAGGACGUCAUACAUUAAAUAACUUAACUUCUGAAAGAACAAAGACCGUAGAGGAAGGCAAUUUGAUUCAAUAAAAUAUAAGGAAUUGCAUGGUCUCUGGCUUUAGCAAAAUAAAUCAAACGCAGUGCACGUUUUUGCAGUACAAGUAACUUAUUGAGGUAGAUCUGUGGACAGUUGCCCGCAUGCGCAGAUACCAUAAUUUAAAUAAGGUGCUUGAUAUAAAUUCAAAAGAAGAUACCGUGGGAUGUAAUACCUCAUUUUAGCAAUAAUUCCAACCGAUCUACUAAUUUUGUGACAGAUAAAGUCAUUGCAGUCAACUCUCUCUAAGACGGACACCUUUGGGACCGGCACUAAGUGUCCGUCUUAGAGAGAUGUCGGCCUUAUAAAGAGUCAAAUAAAGGGAAUAAGCAAAGGCAGGGACCAACGCUGGGAGUCCGUUUUACAGGUGUCCAUCUUAUGGAGAGUCAAAUAAAAGGAGUAAAGAAAGGCAGGGACCAACUCUAGGUGUCCGUUUUACAGAGGUGUCCGUCUUAUAGAGGUGUCCGUUAAGAGAGAGUCGACUGUAUAAUGCUUCCAUGAAAGUUCAGCAUCAAUAAUUAUACCCAAAUAUUUAACAAAGUCCUUCAUCUCUAAUAUUACUCGAGAGUACUUAAGUUGUCAUUUGCAUGGGCUAGACUUGUAUCAACUGCGAAUAGAUAAAAAGUAAAUUUCUUGAAAGAUUUAUGGAUGCCAUUAAUAUACAAUUAAAAAGCAAGGGUCCAAGUGCAGAGCAUUGAGGCACUCCACAUACGAUAGUUUCAGUAUCAGAUAUGCAUUUGUCUAUUUCAAUCGACUGUCGACGAUCUGAAGCAUAUAAUCUAAACCAAGAAUUUAUAACUCCUCUUACUCCAUAGUUUUCAAAUUGGAUAUCCUCUAGGAGUUCGAUUCUCCGAAGAGGUCAGUGUGGGACAAGGAGAACACCCCUGCUCCCAUCCCUCGAGACCAUGUUUUUAAGCUUAUUCAAUUGCUAAGUAUCAGAACACAUUCUAAAAGACACCUUACUUUUAACUAACUGGGACUAAACUUUCUUGCAGGACAAAAACAAGCUUAGAAAAGAAACUUGCUCAAACCACAGCUAAACACGAAGACGAGAAAACAUCGGUGAAAAAGCAUCAUUCUACAAUUGUUAAGGUUUGUGAUGUGGAAUUAAUUUGUUCCUGGUGUUAUUGUUGUUUGAAACUUUGAUAUGUUUCACUGUUGCUCCCUUUCGUAACAAAGGUGCAUGAACAAGCACAGAGACAAAGUUGGGUGGCGCCAAAAAAAAAAACAAACAAGCAAACAAACAUAGUAACUCCUAGCGUCCCACAUAGACGUUCUUAAGGGUUCGUCACGUGGAAACGCGUGACGAACCCCUAAGAACGUCUCCGUGGGAGGCUAAGUAACGCCAAGUCCACACGAAUCCGGACAUUUUUGAAGCCGCGUAUUUUCUAACCGGAUUCGUUUUGUAGCCUGAAAGAAAUCACUAAAAAGCAAGGAAGGAGGGGUGGUGUGGAGGGGGGCGGUUGCGUUACCAAUUUCUCCUCAACCACCCCUCCCAUAUAUUUUUUUGUUUUGGCCCAGCACUUAUUAUUAGUUUGCUCAUGGAAGGCUUGUCUGCUACGCAGUUGCCCGUAGGCCGAUUAGAGCUAACACAGAGUUUAAAUGUUAAACCGCGGUUGAUUUUCUGUUUUAUACACCGUUUUCUUCUGAUUUUGGCUAACUUGACUGGGUGUCGCCAAUCAAAGGCUCACCAAUAAUUUUUAUAGGCUUUAUUAGCCUAAUUAACCCUAGAUUAAAGUUGACCAUCGUUCAAGAAACCAGGGCCAGUAUAGUGUGUUGCAAGAGAACUGUUUAGGGAUGUAAAUGAUAAACGUUCAAAAGAGAAUUUUGUUUUCUUUUUCUCCUUAGUCCUUGCAGCAAGAUGUGGAAACGCAGAAGACAAUGGUCAAACAUUUAGAGAAGCGCGUCCAACAAACGGAGCUCGACUCACAAGAAAGAGUAUGAAUAAGACUUUUGACAGUAACUGUAGUCAGUUCUUUAAACUAUCUAGUUGAUUUGUUGUAAUUAGGUUUUUGCGUUUGACAAAAGUGUCCACUUACCCUCCUCCCCCCACCUCUUACCCAACAUUUUGCCCUAAGUGAAGGGUUAGUGUUAUCUUUGGGCUAUGGGAGGGGUAGGUGAGGAGUCCGUCUCCAGAAUCAUAUUGACCAUUUUCCGAUAGGGAACUAUAGGGUAGUAUGCCACAGGGAAAGCAUGCAGAUGCGCCUUUAAAUUAUGGUUCUAAAAUUAUUCAAGGCAGUUCAAGGUUAUGAUCCAUCCAUUUAUUUAUUUAUUCAUUUUAAAUAUUUAUUCAUAUAUUUUGCUCCACAGAUAUCUCGACUGCGAUUACAGUACGAAGAGAAAAUGAAAGGUUUAAUGCCAGCUUCCCUCAGAGAGGUAAAAUUUUAUUGCCUUUGCUUAUUAAUAGGUAAGUUGCCCAGCAGAGUUUUCGUCCAUCGAAAACUAUAUUCAUUCUCGCUGCGAGAUAUCCCCUUACAUGCUACAUGCAGUGACAGACCAAAUUGAGGCCCGAAGGGCCGAAAAAAAAAAAAUUUGAGACUGGGGCUCCCCUUAUCUCAGGGUCUGAUGCUCUGAUCCUUUUUCAAAUUCUCCCAACUUAUUCAGUAAGGAAAUGCACACAAAUUCUCCAAACUGAUCUCUAUACAGAUAUUGGAGCUUAAAGGGUUAAUGAUUAUUUUUAAUAGAGGAUGACUUGCCUUGACCCUUAACUCUUGGGCAAUUGAGCUUUAACAGUUACUUGCCCAGCAAGAAAAUCUACUUGUCCCGGAGUCGAACGGGACUUUUUUCGAGCCCUGUAACCCCAUGUUUUGAUGAUUUACCCGUUGUUUGUAUUCACAGGAGCUUGAGGACACAAUCGAGUCGCUCAGACAGCAGAUAUCUGUGCUCCAAUCCCGUGCGCGAGUGCUACAGGAGGAACUGGACUCUGGGAACCAGUUUUCUUCGUCUUUCAGCAUUUCUGCUGUACGCGAUCAGGAUGAAUUAUGAUCAAACUGAAGAAAAAAAAUCACGUCGAAUAAGUAUAUAACAGAGUGGAGUGCAGGAUUUCUCUGAUCAAGGACACGGCAUUAUUGUUUGACAUUCGAAUCUGAAAAAAAAUAUAUAUCCAAGCAUUGUACAUAUUCCAGGCAAAAUCCUUGUUCAAUAUAGUUUCCAGGUCUUCCUCUUGCACUUGUGGUUGCGAAGGCCCUGGAAACAAGCCCUUUGCCUGCGACACUGAAAUACAUUUGUAUUGUUUCAUUUAAUAGAAUAAUUUAAACAUGUUUUGGCAUGUAAAUUCCAUAACACUGAUAAGCUCAGGUUUGAAAUUAUAAAAGAGUGUUCGAAGAUUUGUCCGUCGGUGUAAAACGCCAAGUGGUGAUUUCAAUAUUUUCCUAGUGUAAAUUAUUCCCCUUAAACGAAUAAACAUUUAAG